GAAUGAAUAACACUAUAGCCAUGGAAUCGGAGACGCAGCUUCAUUCAACUGUCGACGUUCCCACGGAAACGGACACCUCGAUCAACGAUACCAUCGUGGCAGAGGACCCGGACAACACCAUACACGGAUUUAACGCGUCCGGAGCGAACGAGACGGUCAUAGAGAAGUCGAAUAAAGAGCUGCUGGUCGAUCUAGUGAAGUGCGAGGGUAGUGACAGUGGGGUUGAGGUGGUUGAGGGUCAGGAAAAUUGUGGUUAUCAACGCACUCUUAGCUCUAACAGUGGCAAUUCGCAUGAUUUUGACACGGUUUUACCUAGAUCGUGCGAUUCAUCCAUUAUAAGCUGUUGUUCUAACUACGAUGAAGCUUUUAAUUUACUAGUGAGGAAAAACUCGACCCUAUUAGAAGAUUACUCGCGUAACGGUGAUGUGACAAGUGAGAACGGUAGUGAAUCAUCUUCUAUAUCGGGUACUACAUCACGCAACAAAAGAAUUCUACUCAACAGUGCCAAAAAGAAGGUUUCCGUGGCUGAAGCUAAAACUAAAUCUGCUUUGGCGAAAGAAAGAUCGCGUUCAAAACCACCCCAAACGCCGAAAAAUACCACACAACCUGCCAGACUUAAAUCCUUGGAUCGCUUACAAGGCAGAUCCAGUACUACUAACACCCCAAAACCCAAUAACUCCACCACCACAAGAACAAAAUUAACACCAACAACACUAGACUUAAACACAUCCUCUAAAAGACCCUCAUCGGGUCGUUCUUCAUCAUCCACUAGAACCCCACAAUUGACCCCAUCCGAUGACGGCAGGUGGCCAUCGGUAUACUCCAAACCUGCGCCGUUGAUGUGCAAAAGCCUACGCGGCAACCUGGAAGGAAAACCCAAAGCACCCACCCAAAUGGAGUCGAAAACCAUUGAAAAAUACGCCACUCUUCCAAGGCGAAAAAAGGAGAAAUCCGCGGAAACCAUCCCCAAAAAAACAAACAGUAGAGAAAGUAGUACUAAUCGUUUAGCGGUAACUAAGAAACAAAGCUCAAGAGAAACGACUCCCUCCAAGUAUUCUUCCAUUUACACCAACAAGGUUAAGCAAAAGGUUAAAAUUUAUCACGAAACUAGCAUACAGACAGCUUUAACCAUGGCGGAUGUCGAAAAGGCACUAAAUGGCGAAACUGUUUGCUAUAAAGACCCCAGAGAGAUCGAGAAGGUUAGCCAGGGUGUGCAAGUCGAUAUCAGUCGGAAGGAGUUUGAGAAACUCGAGGAAAAACUAAAAUCGAUGACGGAAAAGUACGAGACUUUGCAAGGUGAUUACAAAACUCAGACUGGAAAACUUGAAGAGACUGAAGCCAAGUUGAAAGAAGAAGAGGUUGAUAAGGAAGGGAUAAAAAAAGAGUUGGAAAAUAAUACGCAAAGGGUUUUGGCCUUGCUUGGAACCGACAAUAAUCCAGAUAUUCCAAGCACGAGCAACAGCGACAGCCUCCUGGUCCUGGAAAACCGCUUCCAGAACGUAAGCCACGUGGUGAUCCGCCAGGAAGAAGAAAUCGCACGGCUCAACUCGUACACUAGAUCCCUGCAAAUCGAGCUGGACAAGUGCCUGAACGUUCAGAAAAAUUUGCUGCUGCAACAGCAGGAGUUGCAAGCGGAGAGCAUCGAGUUGCAGGACUUUAUGCAGGCUGAAAAGCAAAUGGUCAGCGAUGCUUUGAAAGAUGCAGAGAAUGAGAUCAACAGAUUGAAGGAGGUUGUGCACCAGAGGGAGAAGGAAGUGCAAGAUAAGCAAGAUGAAUCAAACCAUUUGGUACGCCUCUGCGAGGAAAGGAAGCAGGACAUGUUAACUCUGCAAGGUAGACUUAAUAGCAUAGAAAGCAAAAGCCGGGAAUUAUUGGUACAACAGGGUAGUUCAGUGUCUGGGGCAGCAGUGGCUCUAGCGGCACUUAUCGCACGUUUAGAGGGUCUUGUAGAAGAACUAGUCGCCGCUUACAGUAUAUCUGACCAGGAACUAGACGAUGUAAUAUUCCACAACGAGACCUACAACAGUAGCAGCAGUCCGGAAUCCACACCGGAAAAAUCUCGAAAGAACUUCACCGACAAGAGCCCGUCGCCGAAAAACGGCUCUUCCUUCGUUUCCGCCGUCAUAAACGCCAUCAAAAACGCAGCUGCGCAGACUCCCUUCUCCAGCUACAGAGACGCCAGCAAAGACAACUUGUGCACUGACCACUCGAGUUCAAACGAAAUGUUGGAUUCCGAAACUGAGCCUUGCUUGAUGAUGGAACACGUUUUAGAAGACGUGGUGAUGCCUGAUAAUCAUACCCACAACAUGGUUUCAUCGGGCUGUAGUUUAUUGUCAAGUCGGUUGACACAAAGCGAAAGCUUGAAGGAUUUAUCGCAGGCCAUUUUGAAUCGACAACAAUACGAGCAGGCUAGUAUGAGUUACCAUGGUAGCCUCAACACGUCAUUCACUAGCGAGCCUGCUUCGAUUGACGUCUUCCCAUCCACGUCGCUUGUAGAUCAAGUAAUAGAAGUGGAUAACGUCAUCACUAGACUCCUGAAAGUUAUCAGGAUCAUUCAACUGGAAACAGAUGAUAGCAUGACGGAGCUGCAGGAUAACAGGGACAGUCUUGCAGAGCAAGUGGAGAAACAACAAGAGACGAAUAAAGUCGUCGUCAAGCAAUUAAAGGAUUGGGAGAUUUUGGGUUCGAGAUUGAAGAGCGAGGUUAAGGAACUGAUGGCGCAACUUUGGAGGAAAAAUACUGAGAUGGAUAAACUAAAGUCCGAGUUGAAUUAUCAAAGAGAACAGGUCGAGAAAUUGAACCAAGAUGUUUGUGAGUUAUCCACUGCUUUAUCGAAAGCGGAGCUAGAAACCAGGAUAAAGGAGGAGGAAGUUGCAGAGGAGAUUAAGAAAUGUGAAGAGACUGGAAAAACUCCUUCAGCUGAGGUGUUGGGGAGGCUUGUAGCUACUCAAAAUGAGAUUCCACUACUAAAAGAAAAACUUGCUGAUAAAGAAAAACGUCUAAACGAUGUCCGAAAAGAAUUCCUGGAAAGCAGACAAGUCUUGACAGAGAGUUUGAAAAACGCUGUAAAAGAAGUAAAAAAACAAUAUGAUGCAAUUGACAAGGCCCUAGAAGUUUUAAAUAAAAACCAGGCGAUAAUUCAGCAAUACCCGCCGCUGGCGCAGUUGCAAAGGGAGCUGGAAGACACCAGCUUUCAAACAGCUUCAGCGAUGCCGAUAGUGGCGCCAUCUGACUGCAACGCGAACGCAGCGCUGUUGCAAGCCGUCGGCAAUUUGGAGAUCGCUCCACCAAUCAACACCACCGCAUAACGUUUACAGAAAACGUAGUCGAUAAAAAACUGUUUGUUAAAGUUUGGAAAUUUUAAGCGCCAAUUUUAGAGUUAUUAGUAUCGGCAACAUUGUAUAUUUACGCACAAUUAAAAAUUAAGUUGAGUUGUUUAUUAGAUAUAUUACUAUAUAUUACUGCAUACUGAUCUGCUACAAACUAAAUUUUAAGUAUCUUCAUUUGAUUUGUUUUGUCGUCUGAAGACUGAAAUUUGAUCUCAAUAAAUUUAUCAGAUGUAUUUUUAAUUUUAAUAAAUGAAGAUAUUACUACUAAAUAAGUAUGAGCCUUGCAAAAUUUGAAC